UCCAUUAAUAUUUACUGAACACCCACAAGGCGCUGGGCAGUGUUAGCAAGUCCCAAGAAUCCUGGGAACCAACAAUCCACAGUCAUAUCCCAGAAAAACAACCCUGCCUGUCUCUGAGGGUAAACUACACCCUCGAUUCCUCGGAAUCCGCUUCAGUUCGGAUUCCUGCAAAACCAACGCUACUGUCUCGGCCUCCCACUGGGCUCCCGCUGGGGCCUCCUUGAAACGCUAAAGGAUUAAGCGGCGGUGAGUAGGAAGGGUGAGUAGGCGGAGGUAAGGGAGCAAGAAGCGGGGAAGGAACAAGGUGCGCCUCCCUCUUCUAAUCUUGUUCGAAUCAGGAGUCCUGUACCCAGGCGCCGAUUCCAGCCGUCCAGAGACUCUUCCAGGAACCGCUUGGCAGCCUGGGCCGUGGACUUUGGCUGGUGUGGCGUCCGCUGCUCCCUCCUCCCCUCUCCUCCCUCCAGGCUCCGUGCCUCACUCAGGGGCGUGUCCUGCCCUACCUCCCUGUCACAGUGGUCCACUUAACCGGUUACAGCAGCAGUUCCAGCGGCAGCGGCGGCAGCCGGAGCAGGAGCAGCGAUAGCUUCGGUUUCCAGAGCAGGAGCUGGGACAGCGGCAGCAGCUCAGUGCCGAGCACCUGUGCGAAGCAGGAGUAGCAGGACCAGGGGGUGGGGUCGGUGCCAGCCACUCUGAGCCAGAGAAGGAAGGGGCACCUCCCGGCCGUGAUUCCACUGCUGGGAAUAAUCUCCAGGGAAGGUGGCACUGAACUGGGAAUACUUACUGGUGGGGGUAAACAUGUGCAGGAACAGCUAGAGGCCUCGCGACAGGUAAACAUUUGGCCCACGAGUAGAUAGGCAAGGAAAGCUGUCUGGGACCAUGGCAGCCUCCCUCCUGGACUUUGAGGAGGUGGAAACUUUCCUGGACAGGCACCCAGAGUUGUUUGAAGAUUACUUGAUGCGGAAGGGGAAGCAAGAGAUGGUUGAAAAGUGGCUGCAGAGGCACAGUCAGGGUCAGGGGGCUUUAGGUCCAAGGCCCUCUUUGGCUGGUACCAGCAGCUUGGUUCACAGCACCGGCAGAGGUGGCAGCAGCGUUGGUGGUGGAACUGGUCCAAAUGCCUCUGCCCACAGCCAGCCCCUUCCUGGUGGUGGGAACUGUGGUGGGGUUCCCCUGAGUCCCAGCUGGGCCAGUGGCAGCAGGGGCAAUUCGAACCAGCAGCGGAGAGCUUCUCAGAAGGAGCUAAGGAAGAGUUUUGCCCGCUCCAAGGCCAUCCACGUGAACAGGACCUACGAUGAACAGGUGACCUCCCGGGCUCAGGAACCCCUGAGCAGUGUACGACGGAGGGCACUUCUCCGGAAGGCCAGCUCCCUGCCCCCAACCACAGCCCAUAUUCUCAGUGCGCUGCUGGAAUCGAGAGUGAAUCUGCCUCAGUAUCCCCCUACAGCCAUCGACUACAAGUGCCACCUGAAAAAACAUAAUGAACGUCAGUUCUUUCUGGAAUUGGUCAAAGAUAUCUCCAAUGACCUUGAUCUCACCAGCCUGAGCUACAAGAUUCUCAUCUUUGUCUGCCUUAUGGUGGACGCUGACCGCUGCUCUCUUUUCCUGGUGGAAGGGGCAGCUGCUGGCAAGAAGAGUCUGGUCUCCAAAUUCUUUGAUGUGCAUGCAGGAACCCCUCUGCUGCCUUGCAGCAGCACAGAGAACUCAAAUGAGGUGCAGGUUCCCUGGGGCAAAGGCAUCAUUGGCUAUGUCGGGGAGCAUGGAGAAACGGUCAACAUUCCUGAUGCCUACCAGGAUCGACGAUUCAAUGAUGAAAUUGACAAACUAACUGGAUACAAGACAAAAUCAUUAUUGUGCAUGCCCAUCCGAAGCAGCGAUGGUGAGAUUAUUGGUGUGGCCCAAGCGAUUAAUAAGAUUCCUGAGGGUGCUCCAUUUACCGAAGAUGAUGAAAAAGUUAUGCAGAUGUAUCUUCCAUUUUGUGGAAUCGCCAUAUCUAACGCUCAGCUCUUUGCUGCCUCAAGGAAAGAAUAUGAAAGAAGCAGAGCUUUGCUAGAGGUGGUUAAUGACCUCUUUGAAGAACAGACUGACCUGGAGAAAAUUGUCAAGAAAAUAAUGCAUCGGGCCCAAACUCUGCUGAAAUGUGAACACUGUUCUGUUUUGCUCCUAGAGGACAUCGAAUCACCAGUGGUGAAAUUUACCAAGUCCUUUGAAUUGAUGUCCCCGAAGUGCAGUGCUGAUGCAGAGAACAGUUUCAAAGAAAGCAUGGAGAAAUCAUCAUACUCCGACUGGCUAAUAAAUAACAGCGUUGCUGAGCUGGUUGCUUCAACAGGCCUUCCAGUGAACAUCAGUGAUGCCUACCAGGAUCCGCGCUUUGAUGCAGAGGCGGACCACAUAUCUGGUUUUCACAUAAGAUCUGUUCUCUGUGUCCCUAUUUGGAAUAGCAACCACCAAAUAAUUGGAGUGGCUCAAGUGUUAAAUAGACUUGAUGGGAAACCUUUUGAUGAUGCAGAUCAACGACUUUUUGAGGCAUUUGUCAUCUUUUGUGGACUUGGCAUCAACAACACAAUUAUGUAUGAUCAAGUGAAGAAAUCCUGGGCCAAGCAAUCUGUGGCUCUUGAUGUGCUAUCCUACCAUGCAACAUGUUCGAAAGCUGAAGUUGACAAGUUUAAGGCAGCCAACAUCCCUCUGGUGUCAGAACUUGCCAUUGAUGACAUUCAUUUUGAUGACUUUUCCCUCGAUGUCGAUGCCAUGAUUACAGCUGCUCUCCGGAUGUUCAUGGAGCUGGGGAUGGUACAGAAAUUCAAAAUCGACUAUGAGACACUGUGUAGGUGGCUUUUGACAGUGAGGAAAAACUAUCGAAUGGUUCUGUACCACAACUGGAGACAUGCCUUCAACGUGUGUCAGCUGAUGUUCGCGAUGUUAACCACCGCUGGGUUUCAAGAGAUUCUGACGGAGGUGGAAAUUUUAGCGGUGACUGUGGGAUGCCUGUGUCAUGACCUCGACCACAGGGGAACCAACAAUGCCUUCCAAGCUAAGAGUGGCUCCGCCCUGGCCCAGCUCUAUGGAACCUCUGCUACCUUGGAGCAUCACCAUUUUAACCAUGCCGUGAUGAUCCUUCAAAGUGAGGGUCACAAUAUCUUUGCCAACCUGUCCUCCAAGGAAUAUAGUGACCUUAUGCAGCUUUUGAAGCAGUCAAUAUUGGCAACAGACCUCACGCUAUACUUUGAGAGGAGAACUGAAUUCUUUGAACUUGUCAGUAAAGGAGAAUAUGAUUGGAACAUCAAAAACCAUCGUGAUAUAUUUCGAUCAAUGUUAAUGACAGCCUGUGACCUUGGAGCCGUGACCAAACCGUGGGAGAUCUCAAGACAGGUGGCAGAACUUGUAACGAGCGAGUUCUUCGAACAAGGAGAUCGAGAGAGAUCAGAACUCAAACUUACUCCUUCAGCUAUUUUUGAUCGGAACCGGAAAGAUGAACUGCCUCGGUUGCAACUCGAGUGGAUUGAUAGCAUCUGCAUGCCUUUGUAUCAGGCAUUGGUGAAGGUCAAUGUGAAACUGAAGCCGAUGCUAGAUUCAGUAGCUACAAACAGAAGUAAGUGGGAAGAGCUGCACCAAAAACGGCUGCUGGCCUCGACUGCCUCGUCCUCCCCAGCCAGUGUCAUGGUAGCCAAGGAAGACAGGAACUAAACCUCCAGGUCAGCUGCAGUUGCAAAAUGACUGCAGCCUGAAGGGCCAGUUUCAGUCCAGCCAUGUCAUCCUUUUGUUCUUUUAGCUCAGAAGACAUAACGUCUCGAGGAUGCACUGGGAAGCAUGCCUGGGCUUUCACCUUGAUGCGUGGAUGUAAAGGACAGAGGAAGAGGUGGGGCAGGGAGCACAUACCAGGACCCUCACUCUUCCCUGAUGGACGCGCAUGGGCUGAAAUGAAGGCUCUGGGUAGAGGACUGUUUUGGAUCCAAGGACCUGUGGACAGUCGGCCUACUCACUCUGAGCUGAGGGAACACUGAACAGUGAAAAUGUCAUUAGCACUGCUUCAUUCUGUAUAUGGCUUUUCUAUUUGUUAUAAGCCAAACACUGCCUGCCUUUGCUUCCUGUCCCUGAAUCCUUUUUGUGCCAGACUGUCCCAAGAAUCCUGAUUUGUAUUCCAUAGAGGUAUUUAAUUUUUAAUCCUAGAGCUUCUUAUUGAUGGAUCCUUUAGAAUUGCCUACCUAAAAGGUAAACUAUACUAUCCUUAUAGAUACUGAUCAAUCCCAGUUCUCCCCCUAAAAAGGAAUAACGUAGUAGGAGGACAGCAAAUGUGUUUGAUGGGUAAUUCUACAUUGUGACUAUGGUACCCUUUUCCAGAGUUUUAAAACUCAACCUUCAUUGCAGACCAAGUCUUCUACCAGAAGGAAUGGAUUGAUAGACUUUGAUUAAAGUAAGGGUGGAAGGAAAUCCAUAGCUGGAUUUACCACAAGUGACAUCUAGGAACUAUAGUUCAUAGGACACAGCAGAACCAUGGAGACUAAGCAUUGACUACCUUGACUUCUCCUAGUGAGGAGUUCUGGUAUAAAAUUUAAGAUUACUACCAGUAACCAGCUUAAAGCCAACUAUAGGGGUCCCUAAUUUUGGAUUUUUCCUUAAGUGUAAGAAAUAAUGCUUCAAAUGUUAAGAAAUAACAGUCUGGGCAAAGAACACAUAUUCUAUAGGAAGCCAGGUUUAUAACAGGUAAGAAUAAACUGUAUUAAGUAGAUGUUAUGACUAGAAAGCUGCUUUGCUCCCUAUUUUGAGAAACUGUGGACAUGGUGUGUCUUAUCCAAAGAACACUGGACUAGAAGAUAGAUUUCUAUCCCUAGCAUUGGCAUUAUUGACUGGAUUAACUUGAACAAGUCACUUAACUUCUCCAAGUUUGUUUAUUAGAUUAUGCUAGGAAAUGAUUCUUGAACAUGUUUUAACCUUAGAACUCUUUGUUCAAAUAAAUCUUUCAAUGAAUCUCUAACAUAUAAAACAUCAAAAGCUGAAUUCCUCUGUGAAUUAUAGGCAGGAUUUGGAGAUCCAGUGCACCUACAAUCCUUCAUCUCUUUGAUUAUAUACAUGGGGGCCCACAGGGACUCUGGGGAGUUUGAAAAUCCCUGGACUAGAUGAAACCUGAGGCCCAUUCCAGCUCUUUAAAAAAUCCACAAUUUACAAACCGUAUUUCUUGUUAUUGUUAUUAAUCAGUAUCUAUCAUUAACUUUACAAAUAUUAAAGAAAUAGGGGCCAUGUUCUACAACAGACAUUGUUUUCCUGGCACACAGUAGACAAUUCAGGAAAUGUCUGAAGAAGGAAUGGGUAAAAUUAAGAUACCAAAAUGGAAGUGACGGGAGAGCAGGUAAUUGUAGAGAAAAAGACUCUUUGUGGCAAGAAACAAAGAAAGAAAAGUAUAAACCAGACUAAGCGGGGAUAAAAGCAAGAAGAAGAAGAAAUGCAAGAAGACCAAUAAAGGAAAGACAAGGACUGAGGCAGGUGGUUAAGGGAACUGCCAAAAAAAGGUGAAAGUCAAUCCAAACAGAGAAAAAUGGCACUUCCAACCAAAAAAAUGAAGGUGUGGAACCCUGUCAUCAAUUUCUCAGAAAAGAGAGACACUUGAGCAGGGAGAGAAGAAAGGAAUGAGAGCCAUAAAAAAUAAUGUUCCUAGCUACCAUUUACAGCUGUCUCUGCAGGGAAGACUGGAGAAACUAGAGGGGAAAAUGAGUGCAGGAAAAAACUGCCUCUGCAGAGCAGGUAAGAGGAGGUUGUUCAGAUUUAUGGAUUUUAUUAAGCCAGUUUUCUGUAUCACUCUGCUAUAAAGGAAAAUAGCUUCUGCAGGGCUGUCUCUCCUCCUUCAGGUGAGGAACAAAGAGUGGGUGGAGUUAGGGACAGAGUCUGGUCUGCGAGAUUAUGAUGUGUCUGCAGCUCAGAAGUACUGCAGGUGUUUCUGGGUAAUGUGCCACAUCAUGUUUAUAUCACAAAUGGGAAUUGAAAAUCAGUCUGUGUAAGGCAGAGAUGAGCCCACAUCUGUUAUCCUCCCCAACAAUAAAUAAAUAAAUA